CGAGUGAUUAAGGUGUUUUGAAUUGUAAAUAGAAUAGCUAACCUCUGUUUCAUUAAACUAAAUGAUAAUGAAUCCCCACUUCCUUGUUCACAAAAUAGGCAACACAUUGACAGGUACUUGUGGAUGUAAGCAAGUUAAACAUGAUAAAAGAGAGCAGAAUCAUCCACUUCGUUUACUGUUUAGUUUAUGAAGCAGUUGGGAAUCCGUUAAUUUGAUGCAUCGAGGAUUUGUUUACAUUUAACAAAAGUUGAGUAUUUAAUAGAACUCUGUCCGCACAAUUAAGACGAACAACCCCCAUCGCACAGAAGAAACGAAAGCAUACAAAAACUGCGUUAACGGCUGUAUCACCAAUCAAUAAAUUUUAUGUGAGCCAUGCAGGUUGGAUAUCCAGAACAAUACAUCUGUCCUUUUGAAACUUACCUUCCAUUACGUCCAAGCAGAUUUCAGUGCUCUACAGACAUCUCAAAUAUAGCUGCAUCGAUAACAGAAAUUGCAGACACUGUCAAAGAAGAAGUCUUGCCCCAAGAUGAACAGGACUUUGACAUCGAAUUACAGAAGUUUGCCGCAUCAGUAGAAGCGACAGAGGGUCAUAAGCAGCGCCGUAUUGCCCUCUUAUCGAAGCUGAGCCGUGUCCUCCAAACGAAUUUUCCUGAAGAAGACAUUGAACUCACUACAUUCGGUUCCACAGAAAGUAACCUUGCGCUGAGACGAUCGGAUGUUGACAUCUGCAUUCAAACCCACAGUAGAACAUCGAAGUUGCAAACAACAUGUCAAUUGGCUCGACUGUUGCAUGAAGAGGGGUUGGUAAACAUUGUCUGUAUUCCACGCGCCCGGGUUCCCAUUGUCAAAGCAUGGGAUCCUUCAUUGGGCAUUGCCUGCGACAUUAAUCUAAAUAAUAGUCUUGCAAAGACGAAUACCGCAAUGAUAAAAGCUUGUGUUGAGUACGACGCCCGUAUACGACCAAUGGCAUUGCUCAUUAAGCACUGGGCAAAGUGUCGAAAGUUUAACGGCACAAAAGGCAAGGGUGUUCUCAGCUCAUAUACCAUAACGUGUAUGCUCUUGAAUUAUUUACAACUGACGGAUCCUCCUAUACUUCCCUCCAUGGUCGCCUUACAGCAAAACGAUUACUGUAAACCCAAAGUUCAACUAAAUGAGAAAUCUAUUGGGUCAUUGUUCAUCGGGUUCUUCGAGUAUUACGGUUACCGGUUUGAAUAUGAAAGCUAUGUCAUCUCUGUCAAGCAGGGAUACCUUCUCAGUAAGAAAACGAAAGUGUGGGACAGUGACCAGAACAAUAUUCUAUGUGUUGAAGAGCCUUUUAACAAUAUGAGAAACCUUGCUAAUACGGCCAACGAAAUGGAAGUUAUGGGCUUGAGACUUGAAUUCCAAAGAGCCUAUCAAAUUCUCAAGAGGAGCAGGGAUCAUGCCGGACUUGUGGAAACUUUCAGAGAGUUCCUUACAUCGUCGAUGGAUCCCGACUACCUUCCGACCGGAGAGUGUCCGUCUGAGCAAUCCUGGGUAGUACCGAAAAGCAUUGGAAUGCACCCGGCGUAUACUGGCAUCAUACCUGAAGUGUAUACAAUGCCCAUACCUAAGACCAUAUUUACCGGAAUGGAUUUCACAUACUACAUUCCGGAAGUACGACAAAGAAAUGGCAGACUACAAUAUGCAGCACUCAAUUCAAGGGCAAGGGUUCUUCCAUGGAAUAUGCAGUCAGGCCAAGGCUGGACAGUUUGGUACCCUGGUUCAAAGUAGUGUGCAGAAAUGAGAUUUUGGUAGGCAGCAUUUCUUUCUUUGCUUUGAUAAUUAUAAAUAUAAAACAACCGAUUCGCAUCACCUCGCAAAAGGCUAGUCUAGUGAAACCGAAUAUUAAGCGG